ACCAAUUUUUCUCUCAAACGUACAUAUAUUUGGGUUUGGUUUAGGAAGCAUGCUGUGCAGUAUUUCAAUUAAUCUUUGUUUUUGUUCCCUGUUUAUAUGUUUUCAAGCAGAAGAAAAGUCUAUUGUGGUAGCUAGAGGAGUAAAAAAGAGAAAAGAUGAAAAGAAAAAGACUGACAUAAAGAGGGCUACGACUGAAACUAAGAAGAAAGAUAAAGAAGGAAAAAAAGAGAAAGCUCAUGAGAAGACAGAUGUCCCUGAAAGUAAAAAAGCAGGUAAAAUGGAAGCUGCUGUGUCCAAAGAACUCAAAAAGCCAGCAAAAGCUCCUGCAGCCAAACCAGCCACCGAAAACCCAGCAGCACCAGCAAAGAAAGAAGUAAAAGUACACGCAUCUGUGGAAACUCUGAAGUCAAAAGGAGUACCUGAAAAGAAGGAAGAAAAAGCAACAAAGGCAGCAGAGCAAGAUAAACAAAAGACGAAGCAAGGAAAUCCUGGAAAAGAGAAAGAAUCCAAAUCUCCAGCUGCUACAAAAAAUAAAGAACAUGCUAAAGAAAAGGAAGGAAAGAAUCCUACAGCUUUAAAAGAUAAAGACUAUUUGAAAGGAAAAAAUCCCAAGAAUCCAGAGGGAUCAAAGGAAAAAGAGACUGGUAAAAGAAAAGAUGUGAAGCCUCCAGCAGCAUUAAAGGAAAAGGACUCUUCAAAAGGAAAAGAAAUGAAGGCUUCAACUAUGGCUAAAGAAAAAGCUGCUGUGAAAAAGGAUGGGGAGAAGAAAGCAACCUCAGAGAAACCUCACGAACACAAGCAUGAUCGUGUUAAACAUGAAAAAGCUGACUCAUCUCAGACUAAGCCAGAGCAUGAAGCAGUCAGACAUGAAAAAGAUGUUCUACCUUCAAAACCAGAAAAAACAAUUGAGAAGAAACAUCUGAAACAUGAAAAAAACAAAGAAGUCCCACCAGUAAAAGAAGCUUCACGACAUCACAACCUGACAUCAGACCAGUCAGUCCAGGGGACCUACAGACCGGGGAACUACAGACCAGUCAGUCUCACCUCUGUGCCUGGCAGGAUCAUGGAGCAGAUUCUCUUGGAAAGCAUGCUAAGGCACAUGAAAAACAACGAGGUGGCUGGUGACAGCCAGCAUGGCUUCACCAAGGGCAAAUCAUGCCUGACAAAUUUGGUGGCUUUCAAUGAUGGGGCUACAGAACUGAUGGAUAGGGGCAAAGCAGUUGACGUCAUCUACCUGGACUCGUGCAAAGCGUUCAACACUGUCCCGCAUGACAUCCUUGUUUCUAAACUGGAGAGACAUCAAUUUGAUGGAUGGAGCACUCAGUGGAUAAAGGACUGGCUGGAUGGCCACACGAAGAGAGCUGCAGUCAAUGGCUCAGUGUCCAAAUGGAGACCAGUAAUGAGUGGGGUCCCACAGGGUUCAGUGUUGGGACUGAUCUUGUUCAACAUCUUUGUCGGCGACAUGGACAGUGGGAUUGUGUGCACUCUCAGCAAGUUUGCCGAUGACACUAAGUUAUGUGGUUUGGUUGAUACGCUGGAGGGAAGGGAUGUCAUCCAGAGGGACCUUGACACACUUGAGAGGUGGGCUGAUGCCAACCUCAUGAACUUUAACCAUGCCAGGUGCAAGGUCCUACACCUGGGUAGGGGCAAUCCUGGGCACAGCUACAGGUUGGGCAGAGAAGAGAUUCAGAGUAGCCCUGUGGAGAAGGACUUGGGGUUGUUGGUCAAUGAGAAACUGAACAUGAGCCAGCUUCAGUGUGUGCUCGCAGCCCAGAAAGCCACUCUUAUCCUGGGCCACAUCAGAAGGAGUGUGGCCAGCAGGCCAAAGGAGGCGAUCCUGCCCCUCUACUCUGCUCUCAUGAGACCCCACUUGGAGUACUGUGUACAGUUCUGGUGUCCUCAACGUAAGAAGGACAUGGAGCUGAUGGAGUAUGUCCCGAGGAGGGCCAUGAGGAUAAGGGGGCUGGAACACCUCCCAUAUGAAGACAGGCUGAGAAAGUUGGGGCUGUUCAGCCUGGAGAACAGAAAAAUGCAAGGAGAGCUCAUAGCAGCCUUCCAGUAUCUGAAGGGGGCCUACAAGGAUGUCAGAGAGGGACUCUUCAUUAGAGACUGCAGCAAUAGGACAAGGGGGAAUGAGUUUAAACGUAAAUGGGAAGUUCAGGUUAGAUAUGAGGAAGUUCUUUACUGUGAGGAUGGUGAGGCACUGGAAUGGGUUGCCCAGGGAAGUUGUGAAUGCUCCAUCCCUGGCAGUGUUCAAGGCCAGGCUGGACAGGGCCUUGGGCAACACGAUCUAGUGUGA